GUCGCGACCACGAAGGAAGGACCGGUACCACAGGUUGCGCCCACGAAGGACGAACCACUGUUGGCGAUUCCAGCAGAAUACCGAACACGAGAGUUCAAGGAACUGUUCGAGGAAAACGAAGCAACAGACUUAGCAGAACACCAGGAUUGGGAUCACGAGAUCAUCCUGGAGGAAGGAGCGAAGUUGAGCCCAGGAGGAAUGUACCCU